CGAUUCCCAACACUGGCGUCUUGUUUACCAUUUACCUUUUCGAAUAUUUGCUUUAUUGCGCUAUUAUAACAAAUUCUCAGAGAAGCAGAGGAUCCAAUUAUGUCGGAGGACCAUGGCAAAGACUACACGCUGGAGGCCGACUCCGAACUGCGUUUUGAAAUCGAGCAGAAGGACGCCAAAGUCUUGGUAUCCCUUGUAAAUGGCUUUGCGGAGAUGUUCGGCACGGAGCUGGUGAAGAAAAAGAAGUACGAGUUCGGCAUGGGCGCCAAGGUGGCCAUCUUCACGUAUCAGGGCUGUGUGCUGCACGUCUCCGGCAAAAUGGACGUGUGCUACAUUUCCAAGGAGACUCCAAUGGUGCAGUACGUCAAUUGCCAUGCUGCCCUGGAGCAAUUCCGCACGGAGGCCGAGGAGAAGGAUCGCCGCGGUCCAGUGGCCAUGGUCGUUGGGCCCAUGGACGUGGGCAAGAGUACGCUGUGCCGCAUCCUUCUUAACUAUGCGGUGCGUGUGGGUCGUCGUCCACUCUAUGCCGACUUGGACGUGGGCCAGGGCUCCAUUGCCAUUUCGGGCAACGUGGCCACCAUCCUCAUCGAGCGACCAGCGAGCGUCGAGGAAGGAUUCGCCAAGACGGCGCCGCUGGUCUACCACUUUGGCCACAAGACGCCCAGCGGGAACAGUGUGCUGUACAAUGCCGUCGUCUCCAAGAUGGCCGAGGUUACGCUACAGGCUCUGAGUAGCAACAAGCGGACCAAAAGCUCCGGCAUUAUAAUCAACACCUGCGGCUGGGUAAAGGGAUCCGGAUAUGCACACCUGUUGCACGCCGCCAGGGCGUAUGGAGCCUGUGCCAUCUUCGUGUUGGACCAGGAGCGCCUCUACAACGAACUACUGCGUGAUGUGCCCAAAAGUGUCAAUGUGGUGCUGCUGCCCAAGAGCGGCGGUGUCGUGGAGCGCAGCAAAGAGCUGCGGCAUGAGGCGCGCGAUCAGCGGAUCAAGGAGUAUUUCUACGGAAACGCAAGAGCACCAUUCUAUCCGUUCAGUUUCGAAGUGAAGUUCCAAGACCUGCGACUCUACAAGAUUGGGGCGCCGCCGCUGCCCGACUCUUGCAUGCCAAUUGGCAUGAAGGCGGAGGACAACAAGACCAAGGUGGUGGCCGUCACUCCCACUCCUGCCCUCAUUCACCAUGUGCUGGCACUUAGCUUUGCCGAAUCCGUGGAAGAUGAUGUGAUUGGCACCAAUGUCGCCGGCUUUUGUUGCGUAACCGAAGUGGACAUGGAGAAGCAGGCGGUAAUGUUGCUUUCCCCGCAGCCGCGACCCCUUCCUCCGAAUGCCCUGCUGUUGUGGUCGGAAUUGCAAUUUAUGGACAACCACACAUAGCGCUUGUAGAUUUGUUCCUUUAGAAGUAAUUCCCUUGUUUUAAAAUUAUUGUUCAGCGUUACAAAAAUACAGAUUUAAUUGUACAAAAAUGUAACGUAUAUUUUUCUGACAACUAAAAU